GCAUCUACUAAAGGUUGUCCAUUUGAAGACUCUCCCCAUUUCUCAAUUUUUUUGUCCUGAAGUAGCCUACACCAUUUUCCUCUUCUGUGAGCGGACAAGCGCAAAUGUAUCGAAACAUAAUUGCGUUGGUCGUAAUGUCACUUCCAGUGAUUCUGAGCCCUCAGGUUUUGGGGGUCGCGACAGACGGUUUGAGCAAUCUUCAAGAUAUUGCAGGGAAGCUUAACUUCAUUCAGAGGGAAGGAAAUGUGACUUACGUGCGGGACAAGGAGCUGGCCUCGGAGGUUCCAACCGAGACCAAGUUCGAACUGUUCGAUCCAAGGAACACUUUACGCACCGCCAGAUUCACCUAUACCUGGGACUUCGGCAACGGAGAGGUCUUAAUGGGAUCAAAGCCGUCUGUGUACUAUAACUACUCCUCCUCUGGAAACUACACUCUGCGGCUGAGAGUGGUGGCCCAAAUGAACAAAAUCUCUACUCCACUAACUGGGGAAUAUACCAUGGACGUUACCGUUUUGGACGCCAUCAGAAAUAUUGAGUUGAGCCCUUUGAUAUUCCAGGUUUCCAGAAACAACAGUCUGGCUGUUCAUGUGGAUGGAAGUCCUCCCAUGUGGGUCUGCUGGAGGUUCCUACAGAACUGUGUAUCAGCAACCCCUACAGGCUGUCACCUGACCAUGCUGUAUGAGAACACCAUGAUACUGAACCACACCUUCACAUCUUUAGGAGUCCACUGUCUGGACAUCAGUGCCCGCAACGACAUCAGCAAACUGCAGACCUCCUACAGCAUCUUUGUGAGGAGAGAUCCCUCCAUUAACCUGCUCUUCACCCUGACGUGUGCUGGGAUCAUCUUGGCAAUCCUCGCCUUCAUCACUGUUAUAGCCUGUCGCACUAAGAAUGGACACAACAACAAAUCACAGAUAUCUAAGUCCAGUAACGCCACUUACUCCAGCAUGGACAUGGAACUACAGCCGCAACAGGACAUCCCUGGUAUCACUAGUGAUAUCUAUGUGUCCAGGCCAAAGAAAGGAGAGGUCCAACCCCUUCUGCAGCACGGGACCAGAUCUGUCGCCUACUCCUGCCGCAUCUAGUCUUCAUUUACACACUUUUGAUUUGGGCUUUGUGUUGGACUGAUUCAAGUCAAAUGUUAAUAGUUUGCUAAAAAUGUAUGGUUUGAGAUGAAUAUAUGUCACCAGUAACAUUGAAUUAUUAAUUGUCAGUGAUGUAAUAGUGAUGUAGCUUACAUUCCUCUGUCUGUGUGGAUUCUAUACUUACACUAUUUUGCCUUUGAUGAUCCCAUCCUCAGACCCAGCCAAAAGACUGACCUCGAAAACUAAAUAUCCAUCCAAGGGGUUUUAGAGCAGUGGUUCCCACUAUGAUGAUAGAUGAGACCUGCCAGUAACCCUGUAGGGAACGGUCCUAAUGGGUAUUACUCAAUGAUUUAUAUAUACGCUAGAUUACUGAUUGGUGGCGCUGUGUUGAAGCCACCGUGCCUCCAUUUUGGCACUCCCCCACCAUUGUAAAAACAAUUUUGGAAAGCUAUAGAAAUUCAUUUAUUAUAUUUCUACAUUAGGUUUUGCCACAUUUAUUCUAUUACAGACACCAUAUCGCAUACUUUUAAAUAUUAUUAGAUCCCUAUGUUACUGUCUCCACUACAAGCAAAAAAGAUUUAAAUACAUGUAAUUUUGUCCUUUAAACAUUUAAUUGAUAUACUGUAGAGUUCCAUACAUUCCUGUGGAGGACUGAACCUACUGGGGAGUGCCAAUAUGGCUGACCGGCGGCUUCAAAGCCUCUCAAUGACAAAUACAUAGCAUAAGCAAUCCAGUGUUCAUAUACAUCAUUGGUAUUACCUAGCCAUACUGGCUGUCACCACAGAUGAUCCAUUAUAUUGACCAGAUACUCCAUUGGCCACUCUAAUAAUGAAAAUAAAUGUCUUCAAAAAUGGAAGGAAGUCUGGAGGAAAAGAGAUCAAGUAGGACCAUUCUAGCCAAUGAGAGGGCAGAUACACGUGUGACAACAGGCAGAACUCUGAUAUAAGGUGCUUUUUAUGUCACAUCCUACUAAUAUCAGUACAGUCGUAACAACCUAAGCAUUACGAAACCUCUAUUCGAUCAAAUAAGCCACACGUAGCAAAUAAGCCAUUCAAU